AUGGAGUCGCGAGUGCUAUCACGCGCCACCACAUUCGGAGCCCUCCCCUGCCACCGCAAACCAUCUCCCAGGGAAAACGCCGCCGUUUCGUUCGUCUCGGCUCGGCUGAUCGGCGCCGUGAGUGAGGGCGGGAACCUCAUAUGGGGGAGGCAACUCCGCCCCGCGCUGCUGCUCGAGGCCUCGCCGUUGAAGAGGGAGAUUCUCCGGCCUUGCCUCGCCGCCGCUUCCUCUCCGACCGAGGGAAACGAUUCCGCCGGGGACGCGAAGGUCGCGCCGCUCGGGUUCUUCGACAAGUACCCGGCUAUCCUCACCGGCUUCUUCUUCUUCAUGUGGUAUUUUCUGAAUGUGAUUUUCAACAUCAUGAACAAGAAGAUCUACAAUUACUUCCCGUAUCCCUAUUUUGUGUCGGUUGUGCACUUGGGCGUCGGAGUGGUGUACUGUUUGAUCAGCUGGGCAGUGGGUCUUCCUAAACGCGCUCCUAUUGACUCAAACCUGUUGAAGCUGCUCAUCCCUGUGGCCGUGUGCCAUGCACUUGGCCACGUCACCAGCAAUGUCUCAUUUGCAGCCGUUGCGGUCUCCUUCACACAUACCAUCAAAGCUCUUGAGCCAUUCUUCAAUGCCUCUGCUUCGCAAUUUAUACUUGGACAAUCAAUCCCCUUGUCUCUAUGGCUGUCCCUGGCUCCUGUUGUUCUUGGUGUGUCGAUGGCAUCGCUGACUGAGUUGUCAUUCAACUGGACUGGCUUCAUUAGUGCUAUGAUUUCAAACAUCUCCUUUACCUACAGGAGUAUCUAUUCAAAGAAAGCCAUGACUGAUAUGGACAGUACCAAUCUCUAUGCCUAUAUUUCGAUCAUUGCUCUUCUUGUCUGCAUUCCACCGGCUCUCAUCGUAGAGGGGCCUCAACUGAUUAAGUACGGCUUCAAUGAUGCAAUUGCUAAAGUAGGUCUUGUCAAGUUCGUUUCUGAUCUCUUCUGGGUGGGAUUGUUCUACCAUCUCUAUAAUCAGUUGGCCACCAAUACCCUGGAGAGAGUGGCACCUCUUACACAUGCAGUUGGAAAUGUGCUGAAACGUGUAUUUGUGAUUGGCUUUUCCAUCUUGGUCUUUGGCAACAAGAUUUCAACACAAACUGGUAUCGGGACAGCCAUUGCGAUUGCAGGAGUGGCAAUCUACUCUUACAUCAAGGCCAAAAUAGAAGAAGAGAAACGACAAGGGAAAGCUGCAUGA